CCGAGUGGGCGGUCACUCCUCUUGCGUUCUCCGUCAUCUUCGAGACCUGUGAGAUAAACAGCUAGCUUGAUGUUUUGUAGCCUCCUCGUUAGCCGGAGACUCGAAUGGUUCCUCUUUCGUUAUAUUCCUGUUAAACUCACACGAAUUACAGUUAGUUAGAUAUUUAAAAAUCCAGUUUCUGACUCCAGGUGAUCCAGGACUUUCAUCCGGUUGUUUUCCUGCCAGGAAAUUACAUAACAAUGUGGAACUAAACCGAAGAAUUAGCUUAAAACCUCGUCUGUUUUUAAAAAACACGUCUUUUUGGAACCCGGAGCGAAGUUGCAUGUGAACAAUGGGAAUCAACAGGAUCUACAUCAGCAUCGGGUAUGCGACCUUCGGGGCCCUGAUGGGUCUCUCGGCUUUCCUGGUGUGGAACAUCGCCUACAAGCAGCCGUGGACGGCGGCCAUGGGAGGCCUGUCAGGAGUUCUAGCCGUCUGGGCUCUGGUCACACACAUCAUGUACCUGCAGGACUACUGGCGCACCUGGCUCAAGGGGCUCAAGUUCUUUAUUGCUGUCGGCGUGCUCUUCUCCAUCCUGGCUCUGACCGCCCUCAUCACCUUCCUCACCCUCGCCAUCACACAGAAGCAAUCUCCCACUGACCCGAGGAGCCUCUACCUCUCCUCCGUGUGGAGCUUCCUGACUCUCAAGUGGUCCUUCCUCUUGGCCUUGUACUCGUACCGGUACCGCCAGGAGUUCGCAGAUAUCAGCAUCCUCAGCGACUUCUAGUCAGGAUGGAUUUUAUAGACUCCGACGGACCUCCAGGGGUUUUAGAUUUUCCGGCAAGAGCUGGUCAAAGAGCUUUUUGUAACAAAGAGGAGGAAAUACCCAGACGUGGCUAGAUUAAAGAAGUCAUCUGACCUUUUUUCUCCACAUGGAGUUUCCCCUGUUGCUCUCGCUUAACAAGUUCUGUAUUUGCAUUGUAACCCGUUCUCCUACUUUUAAUGACCCACAUGUUAUAUCCCUGUCGUCGUCAUAAGUCGGAAGCUCUGAAGAACGGAACUUAUUUUUGCGUAACUUGCUGAAGGCUAUUUAUGAAGAGAUUUUCAGACAGAUUUUAUCUUUGGAUGUUUCAAUCUUAGAACAAAAAUAAUAUGUAACAGGAAACCCCCUUCCACAACAGGUUUUUAUUUCAAUGGGCAGUCGCUAAAAUGAAAGUUCUCUCAGAACCAAAACUAAAACCACUUACCUGAAACCACGCGGAUGAAGCUAAGUUGACAGUGUGUGUUUGGUGUGCUUGUUUAUUUUGACCCGUACAGGUGUUUUCAUAACUCCGGCCCUGAACCACAAAAUACUCGCGUCUCCAGACUGUCACUGUCCCUCACUGUCUGUCUGAUAUUCAAAAUUAAUGAAGCAGUUUGAAGAAUUUAUAUAUUUUUUUAAUUCAACCACUGAUUGAAAAGUUUUCUCUCUCAUUCGUAGCUUUUUAAAGAUACUAACCCUGUUACAACCCUAAGGAGGAAGCGAUUCUACAUGUCCUUACUUCAUCCUGAUUUGAAACGGUGGAGAAAAGGCAUUCCUGUGGAAUAAUCUGCUUGUUCACCUUUUGUUCCACCAGGGGGAGCCCUGCUUCUUCCUGUCUGCACUCCUGAGACAUUCCUCCAGUCUAGAGAGAUAAAAUUGAUUUGAUAAAUAAAUGCACUUUAGUCUUUGACCCCAUUGUUUUGCACACAAAUCUUGUUACAAUGGGCAAAACAAUAAAAAUGUUUUACAUGCUAUCAUUCAUGUCUCACCCUUUUUAAUGAUGAAAUACACUAUUUAUACACUAUGUAUCAUUAAUGUUCCACCUGCUAUGAUUUGUGUAAGUUAUACUAGGCUUUGUGAGUAGUUUGCUUCCGGCUGUAACGUUUGUUUGCCCUCUACCGCAAAACAUGUACAUUUGUAUUUUUUGUCGAUGGGAGAUUGAAUGUGAGAAUCCACGUGUAUAGAAACCAAACUCAUUAAAGAUGCAUUUAUUGUUAAAUAAA